AUGGCGCAUGAGGUGAACCGAUUGUUCCGAUACAUAGGGCAUCUACCAAGUCUUUUGAACAUAGCCCCAAACAUAGCAAUCAUUGAAGCACUGCUUGAGUAUUGGGAUCCUAAAGGCUCCGUCUUUCGAUUUGGGGAAUGCGAGUUAACACUCACUCUGGAAGAGAUAGAAGGCUUGUUGCAAAUGCCUGGGAAAGGAAGCCCUAUGGUGUACCCAACUAGUGGCACUAGAGAGCAGUUUUGCAAGUUUCUAGGAUUGGGACGAGCUAGCAUGAACCAGCACCCGGACGCAAAAUCAUGUCCACUGGAGUUCUUGUACGAACGAUUUGGGAGAAGGGACUCUUAUGAUCAACACCAUGACGACUUCUUCAUUAGCAAAGAGGAGUGGGAAGGAAAGCGAGUCCAAGUCUUUGGACUAGCCUUGACUAGUCUACUUUUAUUCCCGCAAAAGCAUGGGAAGGUUACCUUUUCAACAAUCAACAUGAUGCAAAGCGUGUUUCUAGGAAUUAAGGAGAAGACCCCUACUUUGGUGCCUAUCAUCAUUGCUGAUAUCUUCACUGCCGUUACUGAAUGCCAAAAGAAGAGGGGGUUUUUCUAUGCAUCCAACCUGGUGCUCCAAAUGUGGGCCAUGGAACAUCUGUCAAAAAGAGCGCUAAAUCCAUUGGGGUCCUGUCUUCCAACAGCAAACUGGGUCGAGUCGCACCGAGAGAGGGUUAGCAGAUACUAUCGAAUAGCGUCUCCAAGCUUGUUUAUUCAGGAAUUCAAUGCUCUGACUUCGGAUAAGAUACAGUGGGUUCUCGAUUGGACGAAAGUAAGGGAUCCAGCUUUCAAGACUACACAAUUUGACUUCAUUCCAUUAGCAAGUACCAGUGGGUUGAUUGUGUACAUUCCACAACGAGUUAUGAGACAGUUCGGGUACCCGCAGAGAGUGCCGACCAUACAAGAAAUGGGAAGUAUCGAGCUUAAUACAGUCACUGAGUGCCGGACUAUGGUGUUAGAAGGCUGGGGGAAUCUGUGUAGUUUGGACAACCUGCAUUUGGACCAAGUGAACAAAGUAGAGCCUAGGGUCAUCUUGGAGUACAACGAAUGGAUCAAAUCAAUGAUAGAACAAGGGAGAGAAAGGACACCGUUGAUUGCCGUUAGUCUCGAGGAACAGAAUGGGAAGCUAAGGAAAGAGCUGGAGGAUCAUCAGUUGCAGAUCAUGGUGGCCGAUCAAGCAUUGGAGGAUGCCCGCUCACAAUUGAGGAAAGAGGCAAAGAAGACAGAGAAAUUGGAAAAGACUACCGCAGAGCCCGUUGUGCCGGAGCACGUUUUUCAAAAUAAGCCAGAAAUGGGAGAUUCGUCUGCCCGGAUUGAUAUGAAGUUACUUAAACGCUUGGAUCGUUUUGAUGAAUUUAUCCGGAAAAGCCAAGGUUUAAGCAAGCAAGGGGUGCUGGACUACGAUGAUUUGUGCCUAUUUCCAAACGUACAACUGCCGGAGGGGUUCAAGACUCCGAAGUUCAACAAAUAUGAUGGCACGGGCAACCCAAAGACGCACUUGCGCUUGUUUGCUAACAAGUUGGGCAAGCCAGUGGAUGACGAGAAUUUGCCGUUGCGACUAUUUCCAGAAAGCUUAGAAGGGGAUGCUCUCGAUUGGUACUCCAACCUGAAGCCAGAGGAAGUGAAGACCUGGCUCGAUCUGUCCAAUGCCUUCAUUCGACAAUAUGAGUACAACUGCGAGCUAGCGCCGACCCGGACUACUCUGGAAGGAACGAAAAGGAAGCCUUCUGAGGACCACAAGACCUAUGCCAAGAGGUGGAGAAAAGUAGCUGCGAAGGUGGAACCACCGAUGACUGAGGAUGAAAUUAUUCGCACAUUCAUUAAAGCCCACGAUCCGCCGUACUUCGAAGAGAUUUUCCGUAUGACCGGAUGUUCGUUUGCUGCAAUUGUAAAUAAACUUGAGGAGUUCGAUGACUUUGUGAGGGCUGGGAAGAUUGUCAAUGUUUCCGCCCUUAAAUCUCAGUUGGAUGCUUUACAAGGUCAAGGAAGCAAUGUGAAAAAGCCACCGUUCAAAAAGAAGGAGGGGGAUACAACAUUUGAUAUGGUUGAGUCUGGAGAAAUCGUGAUCAGAAAAAGGGAGCCACAAGGGCCAAACGUAAAUCAAAACCCCUUACCAGAGCAUGUUGGGGUUAUUAUGAAUGAUGCGGAGUACGAGGAACAAAUCAAGAAAUUGGCAAUAGAAGCUGAAGUGUUUGGUAUCACGGACCAACCGUUUGUCAUAGAGUUGCCAUUCGAAGAAGAUAACAAGCCUUUUGUCUUAGAUCUCACGCCAGCGGAGAAUGAAGCUUUGAAACCAGUAGUCAUCGAAUUCCCGAAGCAGGAGCCCGUAUUAAGUCUGCAACAAGUGCCGUGGAAUUACGAUGAGCCUAGCAUACAGAUCGGGGAGAAUUCAACCGCAAAGAAGGAAGUGUCAGUAGUUACCAGAUCGGGGAAGACUGUAAAUCCAUUUGAGACUACUACUCCAAUUCAAGCCAAUAGUUCUGAGCUACCCAUCAAUCCAACAAUCACCGAGAAAGAAGCCGUGGAUUUCCUUAAACGACUCCAGAGGAGUGAAUACAACAUAGUGGAAAAGCUAAGCAAAUCACCUGCCCAGAUAACCAUGUUGGACCUACUUUUCUCUUCGGACGUGCAUAGGGAUGCAUUGAUCGACGUAUUAACAAGAGCUCAAAUUCCGAAGGACAUUUCUGUUGAUAAUUUUUCAAACGUGGUUGGGAGCGUAUUAUUCAACAAACAAAUUGCUUUUUCUGACGAUGAAUUGCCGACAGAGGGCAUUGGACAUAAUAGGGCGUUGUACAUAACAGUGAGGUGCAACGGGAAAAUGCUGCCGAAGGUGCUAAUUGACAACGGGUCCGCGCUUAAUAUCUGUCCUUGGAGUACCUUAGAGAAACUAGGAUUGCAAGACAUUAAGCUGAGGCCUUCGGGGACUAUCGUUCGAGGGUUUGAUGGAGCUCAAAGGGAGCCGAUAGGAGAGGCAGAUUUAGUAAUCGAGAUGGGGCCCGCCCAAUUUCAAAUAACUUGCCAAGUAAUGCAUUUCCCGAGCAUUUACAAUAUUUUACUUGGAAGGCCAUGGAUUCAUAAGUCUGGGGCUGUGCCAUCUUCGUUGCAUCAAUUGCUGAAAUUCGUAGUAAAUGACAAGCUAAUCACUAUCUUUGCCGAAGAGGACUGCCUGGUAAUCACCGAUUCUGGAUCUAAAGAGGAGGGAAGUCGAAGUGCCACUAUGUCCCCUCAUAGCACAUCCGAUAUAGUCUCCGUAAGUUGGAUCACAACGGAGGAACAAGCUCUCUCAAAAGCAAGUGUAAUGAUGGCUAAGGAAAUGAUUCGUGGAGGAUACAAAUUAGACAGAGGAUUGGGGCGUGAACUGCAAGGGAUCCUGAAGCCAGUGGUGAUUAUGGAAAAAAGGGAUACAUUCGGUUUGGGUUUCCAACCAACCGCCAAGGACAUCAAAGAGAUGAAAGAGCGCAAAAGAGCAGAGAAGGAGGGCAGGCAAAGGGUUUUUGACAUUCCACCACUGCGGUAUACUUUUCCACGACCAACAGAGGUUAUCACAUCAAAGGUUAAUCCAGUUGAAGAAAUGGAAGCUAGUUUGGACCAAUUGUUCGUAGGGGCAACAUUUGAAGAUGAAACAGAAAAGAUUAACAUUGGAAAAGAGGAUGAAGUUAAGGAGGUGCAGAUUAGUAUUCAUCUGAAUAAGAGCCAGAAAAAGGAGAUGCUCGAGUUCUUGACUAUGUUCCAGGAUGUAUUUGCGUGGUCCUAUGAUGAUAUGACUGGUAUUUCGACUGACGUGGUAGUGCACAGGUUACCCACAGACCCUUCUUUUCCACCCGUAAAGCAAAAACCCCGAAAAUUCAAACCAGAUAUGAGCCUCAAAAUAAAAGAGCAAAUUGAAAAACAACUCAAAACCAACAUUAUCAUUGUUUCCCAUUACCCAAUUUGGCUUUCAAACCCAGUCCCUGUUCCAAAAAAGAGUGGAGAGGUGAGAGUUUGUGUUGACUAUAGGGACCUUAAUAAAGCCAGUCCUAAAGAUGAUUUUCCUCUACCAAAUAUUCACAUUCUCUUAGACAAUAUUGCCGGACAUGAGAUUGAAUCCUUUUGCGAUUGUUUUGCUGGCUACCACCAAAUUUUGAUGGCAGAAGAAGAUAGGGAGAAAACUGCUUUCAUUACCCCUUGGGGUACCUUUUGCUACCGAGUCAUGCCUUUUGGUUUAAAGAAUGCUGGAGCAACGUAUCAGAGGACCAUGACAACCCUAUUUCAUGAUAUGAUCCACCGGGAGAUGGAGGUCUACGUGGAUGACAUCAUAAUCAAGUCUAAAAGGACGGAGGAUCACUUGGAUGAUUUGAGGAAGCUAUUUGAAAGGCUGCGAAAAUACAAUUUGAAGUUAAAUCCUGCGAAAUGCGCCUUUGGGGCACCAGCUGGUAAAUUGUUGGGUUUCAUCGUGAGCAAGAGAGGCAUAGAGAUAGAUCCAGCAAAAAUCAAAGCCAUUCGAGAGAUGCCAGUGCCGAAAACUCAGAAGGACGUGAAAAGCUUUUUAGGGAAGAUCAAUUUUAUUGGGAGAUUCAUUGCCCAGUUAACGGCCACAUGUGAGCCGUUGUUCAAAUUAUUAAGAAAGAAUGUGCCGUUGUACUGGAAUGAGGAGUGCCAACAAGCUUUCGACAAGAUUAAAGAUUAUUUGCUGCAGCCUCCGGUCCUAGUGCCACCCAAACCGGGCCGACCGCUGAUCAUGUACCUAUCUGUGCUCGACGGAGCAGUUGGUUGCGUUCUCGGGCAACACGAUGACUCGGGAAGGAAAGAACAAGCCAUUUAUUAUCUAAGCAAGAAGUUCACGCAGUACGAGGCUAAUUAUUCGUUCAUUGAGAAGAGCUGCUGUGCGUUGGCCUGGGCGGCUCAAAAGCUGAGACAUUACCUGUUGAGCCAUACCACUUAUCUUAUUUCCAGAUCUGAUCCUUUGAAGUAUCUCUUGGAAAAGCCAAUGCUAACUGGACGUCUAGCUAAGUGGCAGAUAAUCCUCUCAGAGUUCGACAUUAUUUUCACUUCACAGAAGGCCGUCAAGGGGCAAGCUAUAGCUGAUCAUCUGGCGGAAAACCCAAGGGACGAUGAUUAUCAGCCACUUCACACCUAUUUCCCUGAUGAAAAGAUCUUAUUUGUAGGCGCCACGGACGAUAUAAGUGAGCAGUGCCCUGAAUGGAGGCUUUUCUUCGAUGCCAAGUUGCAAUUUGCUUGUACCAACAACAUGGCUGAAUAUGAAGCUUGCAUUUUUGGUCUCAAAGUGGCUUUGGAAAUGGAGAUCAAGGAGUUGGUAGCUUUCAGUGACUCAGAUUUACUCGUGCACCAAACCUUGAAGCAGUGGAUAACCAAAGAUUCAAAAAUUCUGCCCUACCAUUGUAGUUUGCUCACUCUGGCCAAACAAUUUCAAAAAUUGGAGUUCAGACACCUCCCACGAGCCCGAAAUGCAUUUGCCGAUGCUUUGGCCACCUUAGCUUCUAUGAUUCAGUAUCCAGAUGAAUUGAAAAUUGAACCGAUCCAGAUUCAACUUCAAGAUAAACCUGCUCACUGUUGGGUUGUAGACAAGUCCUCCGACAAAGUUCCUUGGUAUAAUGAUCUUAAGGAAUUUCUCAAAACUGGAUCUUACCCCCAGCAUGCUAGUACCAAGGACAAAAGUUUUCUGCGUAGAAUGGCUUCCAAAUUUUUCUUAAAUGGUGAAGUGUUGUACAAAAGAACCCCGGAUUUGAACCUUUUAAGGUGCGUUGAUGAAGAUGAAGCUCAAUAUAUGAUGAAAGAAGUGCAUAGUGGCGUUUGUGGACCUCACAUGAAUGGCCAUCUGCUAGCGAAGAAAAUCAUGAGAACCGGAUACUUCUGGCUUACUAUGGACAUGACCGCCCCGUGGCCCUGUUCAAUGUGGGGUAUGGACGUGAUUGGGACAAUCGAUCCUCCCGCUUCAAAUGGGCAUCGAUUUAUAUUGGUGGCGAUUGAGUACUUUACCAAAUGGGUUGAGGCGGAAUCAUUUAAACAUGUGACGAAGAAAGUAGUUGCCAAUUUCUUGAGAGAUCACAUCAUCUGUCGAUUUGGGGUGCCUGAAACGCUUAUCACUGACAAUGCCAAGAAUCUGAACAAUGACAUGGUGGAUGGACUAUGCGAGCAGUUCAAGAUCAGACACCGCAACUCCGCCAUUUAUAGGCCUCAGAUGAACGGAGCUGUAGAAGCCGCGAAUAAGAAUUUGAAGAAGUUACUGAUGUAUGGAAUGGAAGCUGUAUUACCAGCCGAAGUUGAAAUUCCUUCGUUGCGAAUCCUUAUGGAGGCUAAAUUGGAGGAGGCUGACUGGAUAAAGCAGCGCCAUGAGCAAUUGACGUUGAUCGAUGAAAGGCGAUUCAACGCUAUCUGUCAUGGUCAGUGCUAUCAGAAACGGGUGGCCCGAGCUUACAACAAAAAGGUCCAUCGGCGUGCAUUUGAAGAAGGUGACAAAGUGCUAAAGCGAAUUUUGUCGAUGCAAGAUGAAGCUAAAGGCAAAUUUGCUCCGAAUUGGCAAGGGCCGUUCAUUGUCCAAAAGGUAUUACCUGGCGGAGCCCUUAUUUUAGCAGAAAUGGAUGGACGAGCAUUCCCUCAACCCAUCAACUCAGAUAUGUGCAAAAAGUUUUUCAUUUGA